CGUCGCCUAUGAGGUUUUGUAAUAGUGCAUUUCUGGUUUGGGCACAAGAGGCGCUGUCUCUAUGAGGCUUUCUGUUUAAAUGGUUUAUCCAACAAAGCACCAGCUGCAUUCAGGCAUUGGCAAGGUUAUGGCACAGAGCACCAGCUAGAACAACCAAAUUCAAUGACACCGGGGGGUAAAUACUGUCUUCGCAAGGGAUGGAUGUCACGAACAUAGACAAGCAGUCUUUUACUCUAAAUAAUACGACUGACUUUAGAGAGAAAGACCCAGACUGCAGAAAUGGGUCAACGACAGAAGAUGAACCGUUGCUCCGUGAGAACCCUAGACGGUUUGUUAUCUUUCCCAUUCAGUACCCCGACAUCUGGAAGAUGUACAAGCAAGCCCAGGCCUCGUUCUGGACGGUGGAAGAGGUUGAUCUUUCCAAAGAUUUGACACACUGGGAUCGUUUGAAACCUGAGGAAAAACACUUCAUCUCUCAUGUAUUGGCCUUCUUUGCUGCAAGUGAUGGCAUUGUCAACGAGAACCUGGUGCAAAGGUUCUGCCAGGAGGUCCAGGUGCCUGAAGCGCGCUCCUUCUACAGCUUUCAGAUUCUUAUAGAGACUGUUCACUCAGAGAUGUACAGCAUGCUCAUCAACACAUACAUCAGGGACUUGAGGGAGAGGGACUACUUAUUUAAUGCCAUUCAGACCAUGCCUUGUGUGAAGAGAAAAGCAGACUGGGCCCUCCAGUGGAUAAAUGACAGCAAAUCCACAUUUGGGGAGCGAAUCGUGGCUUUUGCAGCAGUGGAGGGCAUCUUCUUCUCUGGCUCAUUUGCUGCCAUCUAUUGGCUCAAAAAGAGAGGACUAAUGCCGGGCCUCACCUACUCCAAUGAGCUGAUUAGCAGGGAUGAGGGCUUGCACUGUAACUUUGCCUGCCUGCUGUACAGCUACCUGUUGAAAAAGCCAUCAGAGGACCGUGUGAAGGACAUCAUCACUAAAGCUGUUAGCAUUGAGCAGGAGUUUUUGACGGAAGCCUUACCGGUUGAUCUCAUUGGAAUCAACAGUUGUUUGAUGAAGCAGUACAUUGAGUUUGUGGCAGACCGGCUUCUCACUGACCUCGGACUAACUAAGGUUUACCAAGCAGAAAAUCCAUUUGACUUCAUGGAAUCCAUUUCAUUGGAGGGGAAAACCAACUUCUUCGAGAAACGAGUUGCAGAGUAUCAGAGAUUUGGAGUGAUGUCAAACAUGAUGGAGUGUGAAUUCACUCUGGAUGCAGACUUUUGAAACUAAGAUGUAGUGGUACAUAUUUGUUACAUUUUACUUAUUUAUUUCACUUUUUGUAUUGAGUUAUUUGUCAAAGCGUUAUUACCAUAUAAAUUACUAGUAAAAAAGUAGUACUAAAAAACAGCUGACAGCUUAAGGCUCCAGUUGUCGUCAACCACAAACAUCAUUUUGGCAGUAGGGUUUAAGAAUUACUCUUUGAGUAAAUACUCCUGCUGAUUGCUGUUUUUGACUUUUAAAGACCACACGACAGAUGGAACUGAAAUUGUGGUUGAACAUAAAUUGUAGGUGAGGUGACUGAAGUGUUAACUCUGUAUAUCAUGGGACAUUAGAAAUGGUUUAUAUCAAUACUGUUUUAUUGUGCAGGCAGUUUUGGACACCUGCCUUGAUGAUGAUUUGUUUAAAUACAUUGUUA